CUUCCGGGGCAGAUGUUGUCGUAGCAGCUGUGGGGAGGGGAAGCCAUUUCUUUGCUUCUGGGUGGAGUAAGGCAUACACCCGGAGAAGAGCGAGAGGAAAUAAAGAGAAAAUAAGAGGGCUCAGCCCCUUUCCUCUGAGCUGAAGAGAGCAAGCACUUCCGGCUGGCGGGUAAGGUCCCGAGGCCCAGAGAUGUUUUCCCUGUCGAGCACUGUGCAGCCCCAGGUUACAGUUCCUCUCAGUCAUCUCAUCAAUGCCUUCCAUUCACCAAAAAAUAUAUCUGUUUCUGUCAAUACAUCUGUUUCUCAAAAACAGCAUCGAGAUACAGUUCCUGAGCAUGAAGCUUCCAGUAGUGAGCCUGUACUUAAUUUAAGAGACCUUGGAUUAUCUGAGUUGAAAAUUGGACAGAUUGAUAAACUGGUAGAAAAUUUGCUUCCUGGAUUUUAUAAAGACAAAAGAUUUUCUUCCCAUUGGCAUACAUCUCAUAUCUCAGCACAGUCCUUCUUUGAAAAUAAAUAUGGUCACUUAGAUAUGUUCAGUACACUACGCUCCUCUAGCUUGUACAGACAACAUCCAAAAACUCUUCGAAGCAUUUGUUCAGAUCUUCAUUAUUUUCCAGUUUUCAUACAGUCUCGGGGUUUUAAAACUUUGAAAUCAAGGACACGGCGUUUGCAGUCCACCUCUGAAAGAUUAGCAGAAGCACAAAAUAUAGCACCAUCAUUUGUGAAGGGGUUUCUUUUGCGGGACAGAGGAACAGAUCUUGAGAGUUUGGACAAACUUAUGAAAACUAAAAACAUACCUGAAGCUCACCAAGAUGCAUUUAAAACUGGUUUUGCGGAGGGUUUUCUCAAAGCUCAAGCUCUCACACAGAAGACUAAUGAUUCCUUAAGGCGAACUCGUCUGAUCCUUUUUAUUCUGCUCCUGUUCGGUAUUUAUGGACUCUUAAAAAACCCAUUUUUAUCUGUGCGCUUCCGGACAACCACAGGACUUGACUCUGCGGUAGAUCCCGUCCAGAUGAAAAAUGUCACUUUUGAACAUGUUAAAGGGGUGGAAGAAGCCAAACAAGAAUUACAGGAAGUUGUUGAAUUCUUGAAAAAUCCACAAAAGUUUACUGUGCUUGGAGGUAAACUUCCCAAAGGAAUUCUUUUAGUUGGGCCUCCAGGAACGGGGAAGACACUUCUUGCUCGAGCUGUGGCAGGAGAAGCUGAUGUUCCUUUUUAUUAUGCUUCUGGAUCAGAAUUCGAUGAGAUGUUUGUGGGUGUAGGAGCGAGCAGGAUCAGAAAUCUUUUUAGAGAAGCAAAAGCGAAUGCACCCUGUGUUAUAUUUAUUGAUGAAUUAGAUUCUGUUGGUGGAAAGAGAAUUGAAUCUCCAAUGCAUCCAUAUUCAAGACAGACUAUCAAUCAACUUCUUGCUGAAAUGGAUGGGUUCAAGCCCAAUGAAGGAGUAAUCAUUAUAGGUGCCACAAAUUUCCCAGAGGCAUUAGAUAAUGCCUUAAUACGUCCUGGUCGUUUUGACAUGCAGGUUACAGUUCCAAGGCCAGAUGUGAAGGGUCGGACUGAAAUUUUGAAAUGGUAUCUCAAUAAAAUAAAGUUUGAUAAGUCUGUUGAUCCAGAAAUCAUAGCUAGAGGUACUGUUGGGUUUUCUGGUGCAGAGUUGGAGAAUCUUGUGAACCAAGCUGCAUUAAAGGCAGCAGUUGAUGGAAAAGAAAUGGUUACCAUGAAGGAACUAGAGUUUUCUAAGGAUAAAAUUCUAAUGGGACCAGAAAGAAGAAGUGUGGAAAUUGAUAACAAAAACAAAACUAUAACGGCCUAUCAUGAAUCUGGUCACGCUAUUAUUGCAUAUUACACAAAGGAUGCAAUGCCAAUCAAUAAAGCGACAAUCAUGCCACGAGGGCCAACACUUGGACAUGUCUCACUGUUGCCUGAGAAUGACAGAUGGAAUGAAACUAGAUCCCAGCUCCUUGCACAAAUGGAUGUUAGUAUGGGAGGAAGAGUUGCAGAGGAGCUCAUAUUUGGAACUGAUCAUAUAACAACAGGUGCUUCUAGUGAUUUUGAUAAUGCGACAAAAAUUGCAAAGAGGAUGGUUACCAAAUUUGGAAUGAGUGAAAAGCUUGGAGUUAUGACCUACAGUGACACAGGAAAACUAAGUCCUGAAACUCAAUCUGCCAUUGAACAAGAAAUAAGAAUCCUUCUACGGGAGUCAUAUGAACGAGCAAAACAUAUCUUGAAAACUCAUGCAAAAGAACAUAAGAAUCUAGCAGAAGCAUUGUUGACCUAUGAGACUUUGGAUGCCAAAGAGAUUCAAAUUGUUCUUGAGGGGAAGAAAUUGGAAGUGAGAUGAUAACUCUUGAUAUUGCUGGUUUUAUUACAAGAAUAUACGUAGUCCUGCAGUUUCCUUUUGCAACACUCUUCAACUCCCACUCUUGACUUGGUAUAUAUAACUGAAGGAUGUGAAACACUUUGUCAAUUAUCUGUCACAUUAUAUGAUUUUGGUUAUUCCUGUGAUGACACCCAUUGGAGAUUAGUAAACCAUAGCAAGUACAUGAAAAGAUAAUCAAUAAAGAGCUGUCAGGAUUAAAGACAUUGUUUGAAAAAUGGCAAUUAAUGAUGUUGAAAGUAAGUAGUCAUUUUGUGGUUAAUUACUCAAUGUGAGUAAAAAUUGUGCCUUUAUCUACUGGUAAGUAUUUUUUAAUUUGCAAGCUAAAAUAAUUAAAAAGCUGUCAUUUCCUGAUAGUAACAUUUCUCUUUGGUAAGUCAUUUCCACUUAUAUCAGUGGAGAUGCCAGUAAGAUGUGCAUAAUCAUGUUCUUGACUGUGUAAAAUGGCCUUUAAAAGAAGUUAUUUGAAUUGUAAAUAUAAAGCUAAUCAGAAUUUAAAUGAUUGCAAUGUUUUAAAAAUGCUGCAUGCAUACCCAUUUUCUUUCAGAUAUUACUGUCUGAUGAAAUUUAUUUCAGAAGUUUUUAUGAAGUAAACAACACAUUAUAUUCUGAAAAUUACAUAAUUACAUUUAAUCUCAAAAUCAAAAUGAAACCAAAAACUCAGUUUCUUUCAAAGUGGUCUUUCAACUUCCACCUUAUCAGAAGUGGAAGGCUUGUGCCAUCUGCACAUGUUACAGGGUUUAUAGGUAAUUUCAUAUCCAAAUCAGUAGAGCAGAGAGUGCAUUGCAUUUGGUGUUACAACCAGAUUACAUUCUUUUUUUUUUUGUUUGUUUAUUUUAUUUUUCUUUUUAGUUACAUUUUGUUAACUCUGUGUCCCAGCUGUAUCCCGCUCCCUCAUUCCCUCCCCAACCCCACAGAUUACAUUCUUGAAGGAACUAUUAAAAUUACAUUCAGUUUUCUCGUUGA